AUGUCAACACAAUUAAGUGUAUCUGCUCGCUUAUUCAAAAAAAGCCUAAGACAAUACACUACAAAAGCUACUUUGGCCCCCGGUCAAAAGAUACAAGGCUAUCAAGUGCAACAGGUUCGAAAAGUACCCGAACUUGAAUUGACAGCGAUUAGUCUAAAGCAUGAAGCAACAGGUGCACACCAUUUACAUAUUAAUCGAGACGAUAAUAACAAUGUCUUUGCUGUUGGAUUUCAUACACCUGUCAGUAAUAAUACGGGCGUACCUCAUAUCUUGGAACAUACUACUUUAUGUGGAAGUCAAACAUAUCCUGUCAGAGAUCCCUUUUUUAAGAUGUUGAACCGAAGUUUAGCUACUUUCAUGAAUGCUUUUACAGCUAGCGAUUAUACAAUCUAUCCUUUUGCAACAACCAAUGUGGCUGACUAUAACAACCUACGAGAUGUUUAUAUGGAUGCAGUAUUUCAUCCAAGAUUAGAUAGACUUGAUUUUAAACAAGAAGGAUGGCGAUUAGAACAUCAGACACCUACUGAUACAACAACACCUAUUCAAUUCAAAGGCAUUGUGUAUAAUGAAAUGAAGGGUCAAAUGUCUGAUGCCAAUUACCUGUACUAUAUUCAAAUGCAACAAGCCAUGUAUCCUGGCACAACCUAUGCCUUCUCAAGUGGAGGUGAUCCCAAGUUCAUUACUGACUUGACACAUCAACAACUAUUGGAUUUCCAUAAAACCCAUUACCAUCCAAGCAAUGCUCGAUUUUACACAUAUGGUAACUUUGAUCUUCAGGAUCAUUUGGCUGCCAUUGAUGCCAAACUCAAGGGAUUCCAACCCUCUUCUGAUUUACCCUUUGUCAACAAGACAGUGGAACCAUGGACUGGCACCAAGAGUGUAGAAACAACCUGUGCCUUAGACCCUAUGAGUCCUGUGGAUAGACAAGUCAAGUUAUCCUUGUCUUAUCUUACAAAUCCAACCCAAGAUACAUUUGAGACAUUCGCUAUGCGUCUCUUGUCUUAUCUUUUGUUAGAUGGACAUGCUUCACCCAUGUACAAGGCAUUGAUUGAUACGAAUCUUGGAUCUGAAUUCUCUAUUAAUACAGGCUAUGAUAACAGUACAAGCACAAGUUCAUUGUCUAUUGGUCUACAAGGUGUUAAAGAAGAAGAUGUUGAUAAAGUAAAGCAGACGAUUACUUCUGUACUUGAACAAGUCAGACAAGAAGGCUUUGAUCCUAAGCGUAUUGAAGCUGCUAUUCAUCAAAUGGAAUUAGGACAAAAACAUAAAACAGCUGAUUUUGGUCUGACUAUUAUGCAUGGCAUCACUUCAGGAUGGUUUAACAGGGUUGAUCCAGUAGAUCUAUUAGAAAUCAACAAGAAUUUGAAUCGCCUUCAAUCUGAACUAGCUCAAGGCAACUUCUUUGAGAGUCGCAUUGAUAAAUACUUACUCAACAAUCCACACACACUCUCUUUUGUGAUGCGUCCUGAUGAAAAAUAUGCUUCUGAUCUGUUAGUAGAAGAAAAGACUCGAUUAGCAGACAAAAUCAACCAGUUAUCUGAUGCUGAUAAAGCACAAAUAGCCAAGGAUGGACAAGAUUUAUUGGCUUCUCAAGAAAAGCAAGAAGAUCUCUCUUGCCUGCCUUCCUUAAGUCUCAGUGAUAUUGCACCCAAAGCCAAACACACUGUAUUAGAACAUACAGGUUUAUGCAACACACCUGUUCAAUGGCGUACAACAGCCACGAAUGGUAUCACUUAUUUCAGAGCCAUCAGUACACUCCCCUCCCUCCCUGAGGACUUGAAAAAGUAUUUACCCUUAUUCUGUGAUGCUCUUUUAUCUCUGGGUACACGUCAACAAUCCAUGGCCGAGAUAGAUGAAGAGAUUCGACUCUAUACAGGUGGCUUACGUGCUUCUACUCUCUUGACAACCAAUCAUUCGGAUAUAGACCAUACUGAAGAAGGUAUUGCACUUGUAGGCAACUGUUUAGACCGCCAUAUUGAUCGUAUGUAUCCUCUUCUGGCUAAAUUGAUACACGAAACCAAUUUUGAUGAUAUGGAUAAACUCAAGACAUUGAUUAUGGGUAAUGCUUCUUCUAUGGUCAAUGCUGUAGCUGAUUCAGGCCAUGUCUUUGCUCGUACAUUUGCUGGUGCUAGUUUAACCCCUAGUAUGCAUACAUCUGAAUUAUGGAAUGGUAUGACACAAGUGAAUUUCAUGAGCCGAUUAGCACUACAAGAAGACGUGUCUGACAUAUCAGCCAAACUCAAACAAAUUGCCUCUGCUGUCUUGACACAAUCCUCGCUUCGUAUUGCUGUUACUUCAGGUGAAGAUGCAAUUGAACCCAACACGAAAUCACUUGUUCAGUUCAUUCAAGGAUUACCUACUGAAGCCACUGCCCCUGUGACGACAGAGACAACACCAUUUACCCCACACUACCCCAAAACCUUUUUCCCGUUACCUUUCCAAGUCAAUUUCUCUGCACAAGUCCUCCGAGGUGUGCCUUACACACACCCCGAUGGUGCUAGCCUUCAAGUCCUUUCUUCCUUGAUGACCAAUCAUUUUCUACACCGAGAAAUCAGAGAGAAACAUGGUGCUUAUGGUGGUGGUGCUCGGUAUGGUGGUCUGAACGGCCUGUUCUCCUUUUAUUCUUACCGAGACCCACGUACACUUGAAACCUUGGAGACGUAUCACCAGUCUGUCAAAUGGGCUCAAGAACGAGUCUUUACAGAUCAAGAAUUGACUGAGAGUAAACUGUCUAUUUUCCAAGGGAUUGAUGCACCCACCAGUGUGUCUGAAGAAGGCAUGCUUCAGUUUGUUCAUGGUAUUUCUGAUGAAAUGAGACAAAUGCGACGUGAAGCACUUUUAAAGGUGACUCAAGAUGAUGUUCAACGCGUAGCCUAUCAUUAUCUAGACAAGGCCUUUGAACAACAUCAGUAUGCAACAGCCAUCUUGGGUGAAGCCAAGACAGAUCAAUACAAACAAGGUUGGCAUAUUCAUUCAUCCAAAGAAGAUGACAAAUAGGCGGAGAAUCCAUAUGAUAAAUUUCACAUGAAUCGCAUUUUAUCACAUGCAUGAAUCCUUUGUCAUUCUGUCUCCGAGUUUCUCCAUAUAAAAAAAACAUAUAAAAUAAACCUAUAAAAAACCCCCUCUCUUCUCUCCAC